UAUAUAAUAAUAAUAAGUGGAAGAUGUUUAGGAUAUAUAGUAUUUCUGGUUUCAAUUUGAGGCAUUGACAGUCCUAUCAUCAUCUCAUUGCUCAGAUGGACCUCUUCACUUCACCUUCUCUUCUGCCCGGGAAUGCAAUGCUUGGGUUGAAUGGUCAUGGUGUUGUUGGUACAACUACAAACUCUUUCUUCAAGAAACGAAACCGUUUAAUCGUAUCCUGUUUGGGUCGUACUGAUGAGAAGAGCAUCGUUUGUUCAAAUGAAGAAUUGAAAAAUGCUCGUCUCAUUUAUGCUGUAGCUCCUGCCAUGGGUCAUAAUAAGGAAUCUCAUCCCGAAUCCCAUUUUCGAGUUCCUUCAAUUGUUACUGCUCUUCAAAACAUGGAGCUCACUCCAGAGUUCCGUGGCUCAGAAAUUAUUCAACUUAAAGACUUCAAGCCUGCUUCAGUAGAUGACAUUGCAAAUGUUCAUUCAACAGCUUAUGUAUCAGGCCUUGAGAAGGCUAUGGAUAAGGCUUCACAACAAGGCAUUAUAUUUAUUGAGGGAUCUGGACCAACGUAUGCUACUGCAAAUACAUUCCAGGAUUCACUAACUGCAGCUGGAGCAGGACUUGCCAUAGUUGAUUCAGUGGUUGAAGCAUCAAAGCUAAACCAGGAUCAAACUACAGGUUUUGCUUUGAUAAGACCUCCUGGACAUCAUGCAGUCCCAAAAGGCCCGAUGGGGUUUUGUGUUUUCGGUAAUGUUGCAAUAGCUGCUCGUUAUGCUCAACGUGUACAUGGCUUAAAGCGUGUCUUCAUAAUUGAUUUUGAUGUUCACCAUGGAAAUGGAACUAAUGAUGCUUUCUAUGAGGAUCCGGAUAUCUUUUUUCUCUCAACUCACCAGAAUGGAAGCUACCCUGGUACUGGUAAAUUUGAUGAGAUAGGUCAAGGAGAUGGGUUAGGAACAACUCUCAAUCUACCUUUACCAGGAGGCUCAGGUGAUAUUGCCAUGAGGACUGUGUUUGAUGAAGUCAUUGUACCUUGUGCUCAGAGGUUUAAGCCAGACAUAAUUCUUGUCUCCGCUGGGUACGAUGCUCAUGUACUGGAUCCAUUAGCCAGUCUACAAUUUACAACAGGGACAUAUUACAUGCUUGCAUCCAACAUUCAACAACUUGCGAAAGAUCUAUGUGGUGGUCGCUGUGUGUUCUUCUUGGAAGGAGGUUACAACCUCAAGUCUCUUUCGUACUCCGUGGCAGACUCAUUCAGAGCUUUUCUAGGAGAGCCAAGCUUGGCCUCUCGGUUUGACAACCCUGCUAUCUUGUAUGAUGAACCGCUCACCAAAGUGAAGCAAGCUAUCCAGAGAGUGAAACAUUUGCAUUCCUUGUGAAGACACAUUAUUAUCCAGUUGCCUAGUUCCAUUUUCACUUGUAUGUAACCAUUAAUUAUUGUAUAUAUAUAAUUACAUUAUAGGAAUUGAAAAUGAUUGCUAAUGAUGAAGAAGAAGAUGAAGAUUGUUAUGAAA